AUGUCCAUGCUUGAUCGAGCGAGUACGGUAGCUCGACCGAUUGUUAAUAGCGUCAUUGAGAUCGUUGUUUCUGUUGAAGCGUAAUAUUUAUAUUCAGUGAAGCUCUUGGAAGGGACUUUACAUUUUGAUAGAAGCAUUACCCGCGGACGGGAUACAUUCAUGAGCAUGAGGCGCAAGAGUGACAGAAAUAAAGCUAAAGCAACACCAGAAAAGAAAGUUGAAAAACCAACAAGAAAAUCAACUCGCAGGCGUGGAAAACGUUCACCAUCUACAUCACCUGAGAAGGAUAAUGUUGAAGCAACUACAGUGAGUGCUACUUGUACAAAAGAAACUGAAAAGUCUCAGGUACAGACACGUCUUCAGAAUAAGGAAUUAGAGCAGGUAUCAGAUAGCCAUGAAGAAAAAGUUUCAUCCACUGAAGGUGAUAUCAAGGUACAAUCACCAGAGGCCGAGGAGGACAAUAACGGUGAUUCUGUUUGGAAAGUGGCAAGAGCCGAUGCAUCCCCUGGUGAAAUACAAAAAUUGAAGUUGUGUAGACAACGUAAUACAUCAGAAGCAUCAUCAGAUGCCUCUUUAAGUAGGAAAAAGUCGAACAAGUGGCAAGAAAGUGGUGAGGGAGGUGCAGGGGAGGUUGACUCGGCAGAUGAGCAGCUGGUAUCUUGUACAAGAAUGUCCAGUGGCAUUGAACAGCCGUAUGAUCCCUCCUCUUCAUACCCAGGUCAGGACUCCAACGAAGAGGUAAGUGAUAGCAAGGAGAUCCUGCCUGAAACCACUUCAGCCAACUUGUCUGACGAUAAACCAAACAUAGAUCAACAAGGUGAUUCAAAUGAGGCUAGUUGUUCCAACCAAAAUCUUCAUAGCGAGCCCAGUAAGCCAAGUAGUACAACCACUCCAGCUCCUAAUUCAAACGGCGAUCAUAUAUCAGAGGAAAUAGUUGCUGAUAUUCCUAAGGAAGACCAGCCUGAGGAAACCAUUGACCAGAAACCAACAGAAGUAUUUAACAAAGAAGCCAGUGUUGAAAAUGUCUGUAAAGAAGCUAGUACUGAUGACGAAGAAGAAGACAAACGGAAAAUUCAUAAAUCAGAUUCAUCAUCUGAAUCAAAUGAUGAGAAGCAUACUAAAAUUGAUUGCAGUAGCAACAGAACAGCAUCGCGUGCUAGUCGCAGAAAGCAUAGAAAUAAAUAUAGAGAUUCCUCUAAUUCUGAAACGCCUGAUUCCGAAGAUGAACAGCCUGCUGAAAGGAAAAUUGAAGAAUCUUUUACUCACAAAGAAAAAUCAAAUACAAUAGAUAUAUGUGAAGAAAAAGAUAAAUCAAGAUCUCCAGAACAAAAAUCUAAUCCUCUAUUAAAUAAUAUCAAUAUUGAAGUUGAACAUUCCGAAAUAACUAAACCAAAAGCUGAGAAUGAAACUGAAAAGCAGGAGCACGUUCCAUCGGCUGAUUUGCAAGUUCAGGCAUCAAUGCAAAAACCUGCUAAAGUUAAUUUGAAAAGAUCAUUUUCAGCACGAAUAUUGGCUGAUAAAAAUGAUUCAAAAAAAGAUGAUAAUGAUCCAAAUGCUAAUAGCGAAUCCAAUAAUCAAACCAAGGAAAAUCACAGUAACGAAGAUAAUGAGUUUAAAUCCGUACCAAGAAAGCGAAGAUGGGGAACUGCAUUAUCCACGGAUAGCGCACCUUCUUUUUCUAUUUCAACAGACUCUCUCAAGGCAUUAGUGCCAGGUGCAAAACCAUUAUCGAUCAAUGAAGUACGUUUGUCGAAAGAUGAUGACGAUGAAAGAGAUCAAAAAGAUAAUGAGAAAUGGCUUAAUGAUGAUAUUAAUGAUCAAAAGCCAAAAGAUAUUCUUGCGCAGAAGAAUGGUGCUGCAAAAAAAGGAGAUGGAAAAGUUGACAAUCAUAUAGCAGCAAGACGAAAGAUUUCUAUUGUGAAAGAACCUCCGCAUGUGAAGUCACCCAGUCCACCAGCAACAAAACCAACAAAUAUUCUUUUGAUAAAAAAUCUGGUUCGUCCAUUUACUUUGAAUCAAAUUAAAGAACUUCUUUCUCGUACUGGUACGAUCGUCGAAAACGGAUUCUGGAUGGAUAGAAUUAAAUCUAAAUGUUUUGUAGAGUAUGCCAAUGAGGAUCAAGCGUUUGAAACAAGACAAGCGUUACAUGGUAUAUCUUGGCCCGUAUCAAAUCCAAAAAGACUUCAUGUUGAAUAUGCAAUUAAAGACGAUAUGGAAUUGGCAAGAGAAUUAUCGAAAGAUCAACCUGUUUCACGUAAAACGGAACAACUUUUAACAACAGAUUCUUGGCAACAAGAUUGGAAUCGUGAAGAAAGAACAAAUUCGGCGAAGGUGGUCGUUGUUAGAGAAUGGGAUUUGGGUAAAGAAGAUGGGCAACAGCAUGUUAAAGAAAAAGAACGAGACAAGAAGGAGCAAGAUAAGAAAAGAAGAAGAAGUCGGAGUCCCGCAUUGGAAGCCCAUCUUCCAGCUCCUGCAAGGAAAUUUAAAAAGAAGGAAGAUGAUCCACCGCCGGCUAAACUUUUAGAUGAUCUUUUCAGAAAAACGAAGGCAACACCAUGCAUAUAUUGGUUACCACUUACGAAUGAACAGAUAGUAGUAAAGGAAGAAAUGCGAAGACAGCAUAUGGCCGAGCACGCUCGCAGAUUAGAAGAGAUGAGACGUACUGAAAGAAGCAGAGACAGCCGACGCCGUCGUAGUCCAAGAAAAUAGAAAAUUUGCAGAUCGCCAUUUCCGAUAAACGUACCUUUUUCCUGACGUAAACAGAAACGUACUUUGACGAACUUACAUACAGGACAUUUUUACAUUUGUCGAUUGAGAAAAAAAGAAGAAAAAAAAAAAUAAUUUCAGCAACUGACAGUUCAUCAUAUUCAUUGAAUUUACAUUUUAUUUUGUCACUUGUGUUAUUAAGAUUCAUUUUUAUUUUAUUUGUUUGAAAAUCUAUAAUGAUGCUGCUGCUGCACUAGUGUUUUAAUAUUAUUUGUUAAAUGUUAUUAUUUCUUUUUGAAAACAAGUCACAAAAUAAUCUUAUUAUAUGCAUUACUUGGAUUUUUUUUUUUUUUUAAGAUUAUUGGUAUUAGUGGGAACGAUUAAUAUUUUUUUUUUUCAUUUUGAUUCAUUUAACGACAGUGAAAGAUUUUCCUCUUGCAUGGUGACGCUCCAUAAUUUCCUUCGUUCCUUGACACCUCAGCUUUGAGCAUUAAACCUUACUUCUUACAGGUCAACAACAUUUACUAUUCGACAGAGUGGCGGUAACAA